AUGCCACCCCAAGUUCUAUCACGGUCGCAAGGCGACUUCUUCCUUCGAGGUCUCACCUCGAAUCCACCGCAGCGCUCCGAUGGACGGCACCUGCUCGCUUUCCGCUCUCUCGACGUCGACACUGGCGUUGCCGCCCAGGCUAACGGUUCGUCCCAUAUCACUCUCGGAGGCACCGAGAUCUUUUGCGGUAUCAAAGCCGAGGUAAGGAGCUUUGGGGACGAGAGUGACGACGAGGACGAGGAAGCCGAGUUCCAGACACAGGACGAUCUCGACUUGGCCAGCGAAAGCAGAAAGACGGGCAGGAUCAAGUGCUCUGUAGACUACUCUCAGUCGCUCGUGCAUUCCUUUGAUAGCAAGCUGCUCGACUCUUUUUCGAUCUCGCUGUCUUCCAUGGUCAACUCGGCUUUCUCCCCAAGAUCGUCUCCCCUGCCAUUACAUCAGCUGCUCAUUAUUGCCAACGCCAAGCACUGGACAAUAUACAUCGAUCUGUUGGUCAACUCCCUGUCCGGUGGCAAUCUCUUCGACGCCGCGUUUGCUGCCAUCUUUGCCGCUUUCUAUGAUACUCGCGUACCGGUGACCCGCGGCGUUGCGUUCGAGGCCCCCGCCACACUAGACGAGUCCGGCAAUGCGAUGGAGGGCGCUUUUGCCAACGCUCAGGGCGACCUGGACCAGAUGGGGAUCAAGGGCCUGCUCAAGAAGAAGCCCAGAGCAAAUGCAGGCGGUGCACGGCGCAGCGGGUCGGGACCCAGUUCCAAAGUGGUCGACUUUGAACUCGAGCACAGCGGCGAAGAUGGAGCCGCACUGGAUGGACGCCAGGACCUUCCGCUCUGCAUCACCGUCAGCAUACUCCCGAACAGCUAUUUGCUCGAUGCCGACGUGGACGAGGAAGCGUGUGUGGGCUCGCGUGUACAGGUGUUGGCGACGCGGACUUCCAAAGUGCUCUCGGUGCGUACCGAGGGGACGGACGGCAUAUCUUUCAAGCGUGUCAGCGAGGCCAUCCGCAUCGGCAGCGUCCAAGCUGCCCGACUAGCCGACGCAUUGUUGAAUCAACUCACCAGCACAGCCGGCCUCGAAGAUCACGACGAUCAUGCACAAGCUGGGCAUACCUCGACUCAGGGCUCGAUGGACGUCGACGCAUGA